CGCGAGGCUCUUGCAAGCACCCAGCCAUGCCUAUCAACAUGAUUGCGAGGCCGAUGGCGAUGAUGAGGGAAGGCCCUCCCGACCCGAGCAUGACGGUGGAGGGCUUCAAGGAGUGGCUCCUCAAGAAGUUCGACGCCAACCACGACGGCCGGAUCAGCAAGCACGAGCUCCGGGAGGCCCUCCGCCGGCACGGAGGCGGCUGGUGGCUGGCCGCCUGGAGGUGCGGCCGCGCCGUGCACCAAGCCGACACGAACAGGAACGGCUUCGUGGACGACGCCGAGAUCGAGAACCUCGUCGCCUUCGCGCGGAAAGAGAUGGGCUUGAGGAUCUCGACAUGGUAGGGAGAGACGACGCACGCUGCAGUCUGCAUGAACGAUUGAUGAAUCUCUACAUGAAACCAAUACAUAAUAUGAAUCAGCUGUGCUCGAUCCAGGCCAGCACGGCAGCCUUUCGUGUUCCCUUUGUAUCGUGCAUAUGUCAGCAUGUUGGCACAUGGCAGUUUCCAUCUCCUGGUGAAUAAAGGGGCCUCGUCGGCUUGUUUG